ACACCUGUCCAUCACACUCGUACGUGGUCCUUCCCCAAACUGUCACCACAAUGUCUGAAGCACAUAAUUAUAUAGAACGUCUCUGUACACUGUAGUAUUAAAGUUUCCCUUCACUGGAACUAAGGAUCCCAAACCCUGUUCCAUCAUGACACACUGUGCACAAAGCGAGCUCCAUGAAGAUGUGGUGUGUGAAGGUUGGAAGAAGGUAGAAGAACUCGAGUGAUCCCCAUAGCAUCCUCACAGCCACGCCCCAAAAUCCCCACAGCCACGCCCCAAAAUCUAGGUUAUUAUAAUAGCAAAGGUGGAAUAAACAUGGAAUGGGAUGUUCAACAAGCACAUAUGGGUGUGAUGGUCAAGUGUCCACAAACUUUUGGCAAGUCUAUCUCAAUGCUCUUUCCAAUGACGCCUAUAGUGUAAACACAACACAACCUUCUAAAGAUUACUUACUACUUAGACUAUUAAUAACAGCUCACACAUUACUGCUUAGUAAAUCAUGAUUAUUGCAGCAGAAUAAAUAAACAAACAAACAAACAAAUAAAUAAAUAGUCCUGUCCUGGAAAAAAUAACAGUGUGAGAAAUCAGCUUAUAUUGUUGUUUUGGUUUUAUGUAAAGCAGGUUUAAUGUUAUGGCCUUACUUAACUGCUUAAGAUCCAAGUAAGUCAAAGUCUCAAGACCUGGGCUGGGUGUUGUAGUCAGGUUUAUUACAAGGAAGUGUUCAUGUUAUGGCUUUGUUUAUCAGUUUAAGGUCAAAGGAUCUCAGUAAUUUAGAUGUUUAUCAGGUAAUACACAAUAUAUGAGUGUAUAACAUCUGGUCAAAACAAUAGGUCUUUGAUGAUCCAAAGUGAAAAUAUUUUGAUUUUGGCCCAAGAUCCAGGAACGUCCUUCAGACAUUUUCCAUAAAUGGAAUAAUCAGGAGGUGUUUAGAAGCCCAACAAGGUUUAUAAGUGUGGGAGUAUGAACGCUUCAGAUAGGAUGCAGGAAGCAGCACAGGUAAGACUUUAGUUUUAAUUUACAAGAUCCGAACACACUGUUCUUCAUCUGUGUGGUGAAGAAGAUGGUUAACCUAUUCUGUAUUACUGCUCAUAAUCUAUCAUACUGUAAAACCCUCAUACUUUUGUUUAGAAGAACAAACUAUUAAAACAAAUCACAAAGCAAAAACAUACAGAUUUUAUAUGUCAGAGAUUAAUAUUAAAUGGUUUAUUUAUUUAAUUAUGUUGCAUUUACUCUUCUCAGGUACAGCAGUUGAAUUUCUGUGUUAAAAUCCAGCUGCUGUUUACAUGAACUACUGGAGGAUAUUAAAAUGAUUGACAAGAUGUCUUCAGUGUUUUCAGUGUUCUGGACGCUCCUGCUCCCCCUGCUGGUUGGAAGUAUUCCUAUUUCUCAGGAGCUUUUUCCGACAGACUGCUCUGACAUCUACGAUAACGGACAAACACUCAGUGGCGUGUACACAAUCUACCCUACAGCGGACACGCCUGUACAGGUGUACUGCGACAUGGGAUGUGGGGAAAGCCAAACAAAAGAUGGAAAGUGGACGGUGUUUCAGAGGAGAAUGGACGGCAGUGUGAACUUCUACAGACCAUGGGGACACUACAAGAAAGGGUUUGGGAACAAGUACGGAGAAUACUGGCUAGGAUUGGAGAAUCUUUACCAACUCACACAUAAGAGGAAAUAUGAGCUGAAAGUGGACCUGCAGGACUUUGAGGGCGUGUCGGUUGACGCUCGAUACACUUCUUUCUCUGUGGAAUCUGAAGCUGACGGCUACAAACUCCAUAUUAGCGGCUUCAUCAAUGGAGGUGCAGGUGAUUCCAUGGCGACAAACAACGGACAGAAAUUCUCCACCUUUGAUAAAGACCAAGACUUGCAUCCGUCAAACUGUGCUAAACGCUUCCUCGGGGGUUUUUGGUACAGUGACUGUCACAGCUCUAACCCAAACGGGAUAUACCUGUGGGGACGUGACGAAACUCAUUACGCCAUCGGAAAUGUGUGGUACCACUGGAAAGGCUAUGAUUAUGGUCUCAAAUACAUCGCUAUGAAGAUCAGACCUGUGUCUGUAGCACAGUGAUGACUUUCUCUUUAUAACAUCGCUGAUGUUGAUUGUGAUCUUGGAGGAAGUGGUGUUGAAGUGAAGGUGAUGUUCCUGGUGGUGGAGGAUGCAGAUGUUACCAACACAACAGUUUUACAGUGUUUUCUAAUGCUUGCUAAUAGUAUGCAGAUCCAAUACAUACUAAAUGUAAUAUUUCGGAAUGCCUUUAGUGUAUUUAAAUUGUAAUUAAGCUAUAUGUAAAUAUAUAUUAAAUACAUUUAGUUGUGCUUUUUUACACUCAAGAUAUUAGACUUAUAAUUUAAUUUAUAGAUGCAGUUGUUAUUAUAUACAGUGGCUUAGUGGUCAUGUUUGCCUCACACCUCCAGGGUUGGGGGUUUGAUUCCUGCCUUGUGAGCAUGGAAUUUCCAUGUUUUCCUCCGGGCACUCCAGUUUCCUGAUUGUUAUUCCCAAAUUGUCCAUAGUGUGUGAAUGGGUGUGUGAGUGUGUGUGCGAUUGUGCUCUGAGGUGGGUUGGCACCUCGUCACCUUGUGCCCCACGUCCCCUGUGAAAGGCUCCAGGCUCCCUGCGACCCUGUGUAGGAUGAAUGAUACAGAAAAUGGAUGGAAAUGAUUGAAUUGUAGCUCUUUGGUGCAAUUUAAAUGUGAAACACAAUUUGAUGUGUAAUUUUGAAAGGUAUUACUGUGAAAUGAACGACUUAUACAGACGUACAGAGUAUAUGCACUUAAACCUGCAGUACAGAACUUUUACUUUGGUUAAAAUGAACAAAAAUCAAUUAUUGAGCAAGUACAAAUAUUAAUAGUAACGGUAAGAUUAAAAUAAUAAUUUAUAAAUUCUGGCGUCGGGUCGGAUUUCGCGGGACAUGUCAGUUUGACGUCAUUCGUCUUUGCGUGGUUACGUCACGUCUGUAAACAGAAAGAAGAAGAGCAGGCUACUACUGUAUAAUGCGUUUGUGGGGGCUGAGGAUGGUGGAGUGUUUGUAGCUUGUUCUUACAAGAGUUGCUUAGAAUUUAAACUUGUCAUCUCGAUGGCUGCUUUAAUCUGGAUAAGUUCUAAACACAAUCAUCGUUCACAUCUUAGGAAUCAGCUGCUGUCAAAACCAAGACGCCUCGAACUUCUGCGAGCCUGCAGUCAAAAAGAGAAAGCGACAGAGCCCGUGUUAAAUGAGAAUAAAUAUCUGCAUGUCUUUCGAGAGGUGCUGAAAAUGCAGAGAUCUGAAGUGAUUGAAGACUGACACAGUGAUGGCUUAUUUUUCCAGACAUUUCAGCGGCUCAAUAGGUAGCUAGCUAACAUUAGAUUUAUCUAGGUAUCGAGUUUCCUAUGUUGUUGUUUUUGUUUGUUUGUUUGUUUUGCUGUGGUCAGUGUGGUAAAUUGCACUUAUUUCUGCUAGCUUUUUUAGAGAGAGUAAUUCACCUCUACUCCAAGAAAACCGUAUCCAUGGCCACCUCGGCUGUCAAGUAUUGGAGCGAAUAUAAAACCCAUACGAAUACCUCAAACCAUCAGAUUAAUCUGUAAAAGUUUUUUUUUUUUUUAAUGUACAACCCACAUAAAAAAAGAACUCAUAUGAAUAAAUAAGUUAUUUUUUAAAUGUGGGUUGUGCUUCAGCACUGCUCCUCUACGCAGAUGAAUCUGAGAUGGCAAUAGAGAGGCAAAAGUUCCGUACUGCAGCUUUAACUAUGCCUAAUUUUUGCAAGGAGAUACAAAGUAUUAAUUUAUUUGUACCUUUUAUUUUACGAAAUAAACGUGUUUUAAUAAACAGAAUAUUGGCCUUCA